CGUUCCGUAGCUGUUGGUAUGGUCGAUCGCGCGCGCGGCGGCGGUCUGUGAUCUAUCGCGCUCGCGGCGAUGCCUGUUAUUGAUCUGUCGCGCGCGCGGCGACGGCGCGCGGCGGUCGCCUGCCCUGGGCUUUUUGAACUUUGGGAGAGCACUGCUGUCUCGGCGCUGGCGCUCGCGCUGGCGCGAGUUCGCUGGCUUGCGGCCGUCCACGACAACAACUGGCAACUCGCAGAGCUACCCAAGCACUGGGAACCCGGCGCCGCGCGCAACUCAGCUAGCGGCGUAAGGUUACUAGAGAGCGAGAAGCUGAAACCGGGCGUUAAUGUGACGCUAGGUUGGCCUUGUUUGCAAGAAUCGUCGACCAGGUACCUUUACUGCACACCACGCGUGCACACAGUCAACUUGCGCUGCACCCGACGCACACAAGGCCACUGCACUGCCGGGCAUUUAAUUUUGGCAAGCGAGCGGAGCGGUCGAAGGUUCAUCGCUUGCCGCGAGCACGCUAGAACGCUAAAACAUUGCCGCGAGCACCGCUAGAAACCUAGAACAAUGGAGAAAACGACCACCUGCUCGCCGGCGCUGCGCUUCGCCUGCACGUCGACGGCCUGCGUCCUCGCCGACAGCGCGUGCCUGCCGGCGGACUUCCUCAAAGUCAGACUGCAAUUACAAAACGAGCUGCUGCCGCCGUCGGCACCGCGGCUUGGUGUCGUCGCCAUGGCCCGUACCAUCCUAAAAAAAGAGGGCGUCCUCGCGUUCUGGAGCGGGCUGCCGGCCGCGGCGACGCGCCAGUUCUGCUACGGUGGUUUGUCCUUCUUCGCCUACCCGUUCAUCAAGGACGCGCUGCCCGGCGACUCGGUGCCGACGGCCGUGGCCGCCGGGGCGCUGUCGGGCGGCGGCGCCGCGGCGGUGGCCAACCCCACCGACGUCGUGAAGUUGAGGCUCCAGGCCGACGGGCGUCGAGCCUUAGAGGGUUUACCAAGGCGCUACAGUGGCGUGGCGAGUGCUUUUCGAGCGGUAGUGGCAGAAAAGGCGUUCUGGUCCGGCCUCAGCCCGAACGUCGCCCGCGCGUCGUUCGUCAACGGGGCCGGCCUCUUCGUUUAUGAUUAUUCUAAGGCUUUAGCGCGCGAGGUCGCCGGCGACGUGGAUACGGUCUCAGGACGGUUGGUCUCCGCCCUGGCCGCCGGCGUCGCGACGGCCGCCGUGGGGGCGCCCUUUGAUUGCGUGAAGACGCGGCUCAUGUCCAAGGACGCGUCCGAGGCGAGGUUUAAGGGGCCGUUCCACUGCGUCGCCGAGACCGUGCGGCACGAAGGUCCUCGCGCUUUAUACAAGGGCUUCUGGCCCAUGUAUGGCCGCCAGGCGCCGUUCAAUCUAUUCGUGUUCAUGAUCCUCGAGGGGUUGUUGGAUCUCGCGCGGCCGCUGCCGCCACCGACUCGGGACUAGUGCGCCGUGGGCGGCGGGCGUCCGAGCGAACGUCGCGCGCGCGGCGAGCGCUGCGGCGGCGACGA